GUCUACACGUUUCGCUAGAGAAGGCCAUCGGGCCUUCGCCCCCAACAUGUUUGCAUGGAUGACGCCUUGUUGAAGCCGUGCAAGGUCAAGUGCUCCGUCAAAGUUGGCUCGCCUUGGGUAUGGGACGAGGAAUGGCAGGACUAUGUGGAGAAACCAGGAGAUGUCUCAGCAGUUGGCACUCUCGUGGAGGUGAAGGAUCCGAAGGCGUUGCGUGCCAGGGAAUUCCGCGCGGAUAUGGUGCACGGUCCAGAUGCCACAAAUGAGGAUGUGAUCAUGUGCGAUUUGGCGCCAUCACUGGAGGCAGUGCUGAAUGGAACGGACUCUGUGCUGUUCAUUGCCGGCGUGAGCGAUGGCGCGCAGGCGGAGCUCAUGGACGGGGCGGAGGGCCUGGCCGCAGCUGCAGUGUGGCAGCUAGCGCAGGAGCUGCAUGACAGACAGGCCAACCACAGAGCCAACGGCGCCGUUGGGUACACGUACCACAUGAGGCUUCAAUCCUUUCAUCUCAGUGGCGAUAGUCUUGCUGAUCUCCUUACAGAUACCCCAGAAGCAGCCCGACUGGUGGAUAUGCCCGUUGGAGUUGUGGCGGAAGGUGUGCGCACAGCAAGUGCGACCUCGGCAGAUGAAUUCAUGAAAUAUGUCGAAGGUGCACAACGGAGAAGAGAUCCUUCAACGCGCCAGCAUGGCAGUACAGUCUUCAUUCUUGACGUGACUCAGGCUGACUACUACGAGGGCUGGGGCCUGCAUGGCCGUUUUCUAUUGAUCGAGUCUGUCGUCAUGGACUGCUUGUCGGAGGACAAAGGUCUGGUGCAAGUGCGCGAAGGUUAUGACCGCUACCGAGGGGUCUACCACAUGCGCAGCUUGGCCAAAUCCUGGAAGCCCGGAGAAGCCUGCGAAGUCCAUGGCUCCUCGUUGACCUGGCUAUUGCGCGAAGUGUUCACAGGUGGCAGCAUUGAAGCCCACUUUCUGUUCUGCCUCGCACAGGGGAAGGCUGCUGUCAGCAUUGCCCUAAUGGAGCUCAUGGAAGACUUGGGCAAGAUUCAGACCAAUCCAGUGACUCAAGACCACCGGGUUGCUGGCUGGGCCAGGGCGAUGCGAUGCGAGCGCAUUGCGCUGAAGGCGACUGAGAAGGGCGGCGGGUCGGUUGACCGAGACACCCGCAGCCUGAUUCUGGAGCUGGAGAAGCGGCUGGCAGCAGCAGAGAGGACCAAAGAGGAGGCGCAGCGAAUUGCUGAUGCGCGUCAAGAAAGGGCUCAUGCCUUUCAGGACAAGUAUGUGGUUGCCCUCGAGAAUCAGGAGUCAAUGAAUGAAAAGCUGAUUGGCACGGAGGAGGAGCAACUGAAAGCCAUGCAGCAAUUGAUUGAAUCGCAGAUGGAGACGUCUGAGAUCAAGGAUGAGUACAGCGAGAUGCAAUACACUGACAAUGUACUCCUCAUGAUGCUUGAGCAAGAAGUGGCUGAGCUAAAGGAGUCAGCAGACAAGAAGUUGGAUGACCUUGGCACAAAGCAGGCCAAACGCCUAGAGGAUGCCCAGAAUUCCGCACAGGACCUUCGAGCUCGGUUGGACGCACUGACGGAAGCAAAGAUUCAAACUGAGAUCCAGAAGGAAGUGCAGAAAGGUGAUCUUGAGAACAAGCUCCAUGCCUUGCGCUUGGAGCUUCGUGAAGGGCGCUUGGCGGACUCGGUGCAGCACGUGCAGGAGAAAGGCAAAUAUGAGGAGAGCAUGAAUGAAGAGCUGGAACGGCUUAGGCAAGCCUUGGAGGAUGAGCGAAGCAGAGCGAGGCAGGUCAAGGAUGACGUGCACAUGACGGUCCGACAGCAGAUGCAGCGAGAGCGAGAACAGAUGGAUGUGGUGCUGCAGGAGGAGCGCCAGCAAUUGGGGCUCAGCAAGGAGGAGCAACAAAGCGAGGUCAGGGUGGCAUUGGAGCAGGCGAAGAGGCAAGCAGAAGAAUCGGCACAAGCGGUCCAGCAGCUACAGCGAGAAGAGCGGGAGCUGCGCGAGGUCCUUGCAGACAAGCAGCUGGCAGAGCGUCAAGCCCAACAGCAGCAGAGUGCUACUGCGGAGGACUUGCAAAGAGCUCGGCGGGAUUUCCACCAGCAGCUACUCGAGCUGGCCGAAAGUCCGGCAGCUGGCCCUGACUCUCCGGCAAGGCAAUCAGCCGUGGCAUCCUUGCGAGGCCAACUGGCAGCAGCAGGUGAAAGAGAGCUGGCUUUUCAGGGCCAGUUGGAUGAGACAAAGGACAAGGUAGCAGAACUCCAGCGAAAGCUCCGUCGAGUUUGUCGCACGGCGCUAGACUGGGCACCAGAGACAGCUACCGACGAGGAACGUGCCCGAGUUGAAAUGGCACUGGAGUCAGCAGGUGAGGUUGAGAUUUCGCAGAGACCGCUCGUGAUCGGGCUAAGCAGAGCUCAGGAGCUUCAGAAGGAGCUGGCAUCUCUACAAGACCAGCUUGUCCAUGAACGUCAGGAAGCAACAGCAGCUCGUGGACAACACUCUGGUGAUCUCGCCAGACUCCAGCAGGAGAAGAAGAAACUGGAGGAAGGGCUGCGGACGGCCGAGGCGGCAGCCCAGCAGGCUGAAGAGUCGAUGGCAGCCCAAGCGGCCCAAGCGAAAGAUGCUCCACCGGCCCUGGGCCUGACUCAGAUCCAAGAUCGGCUCUUGGCGGAGGUCCAGUCGCUGCGCAGUGCGAACCAGUUUUCAGCUGGUGCUGCCGUGAAUGCUGAUCUUCAGGAACAGAACCGGUCACUGCAGGCGCGCUUGAGCUUUCUGGAGAAGAAUUCCCCGGCUGAUCGACGAGCGCAGGCGCAGCGCAAUGCCUUCCUCGAGAAGAGCAUUCGCAGCCUUGAAGCUGAGAGGUUCGAUACCUUCAACCAAAGGAGACAUACCCAUUGGGCGCUUGAAUCCCGCCGGCCCUGCAGGUCCGAGCUCUUGGUGCGAACGACCGUCGCUGAGGAGCAGCUGAAGCAGCUGCAGAAGCAUCUGAAGGAGAUGACCGAGGACUACCAGAUGCAGAUUCUGAACCUGAAAAUGAAAGGAAAGACAGGCUGAUUCCAUCUUAACACACACACACACCACCUGUGGCGGAAUGUGUC